CGCGAGCUCGCGCACGCCCCACCCCGCCCCCUCUCAGUAAGGGGCUGUAUUGGCCUCUUUGGCGUCCGGGCAGGACCCUGAACUGUGGCCUCAGCUGGAGUCUGGAGCCAUCCUCCACCGCGCCGCCACCGCCCUAACUGCCUGCUACUCUGCCUUGGGCUCUUCGUGUCGUGCAGAGGCGGCGGGCUUGGAAGGGAGUAGUGCAACGUGAGGUUCGCGGCCGAUGGGCAGCCCCUGGGCGUGCUGAGGGGCCGGGCUACCGGCGGCUGAGGCACAACAGGUACUACGUUUCCAAAGGCCUGCUGUCAGCUAAGGAUUCUGGCAGCGGCGAAACUGCGCCGUGGGGCACAAUCAAGGAGUGGAAAGAAGACAAAGGAGGCCGUUAUACGCUCUGCCCUAGUGUCAAAACUUUCCGUGGUGGGCAGGACGCGGAGCUAUUGGCAUUUGUUUGGUCUUUGCUGCGUGGACUUUUCUGGGUGAUUGAGAUGAUGCAUCCCGUCGCCAGCAGUAAUCCGGCUUUCUGUGGGCCCGGCAAGCCUUCUUGCCUCAGUGAAGAUGCCAUGAGAGCUGCCGAUCAGUUUGACAUAUACUCCUCCCAGCAAAGCAAAUACAGCCACACAGUCAGCCACAAACCAAUGGCUUGUCAGAGGCCAGACCCAUUAAAUGAAACACACUUGCAGACUACAAGUGGCAGAAGCAUAGAGAUAAAAGAUGAACUAAAGAAAAAGAAAAAUCUCAAUCGAUCUGGUAAGCGUGGCCGGCCUUCUGGAACUACCAAAUCAGCAGGAUACCGGACCAGCACAGGCAGACCCCUGGGAACCACCAAAGCAGCUGGAUUUAAGACAAGUCCAGGUAGACCUUUGGGUACAACCAAAGCUGCGGGAUACAAAGUCAGCCCAGGGAGACCUCCAGGUAGCAUCAAAGCCCUGUCCCGUCUCGCCGAUCUUAGUUAUGGCUGUGGCACUGCUGCUUUUCCUUACCCUAUGAUGCAUGGCAGAGCGGUGCACGGGGUGGAGGAAAACAGCAGCGACGUCAAGCCACCCAAUGAGUGAAGGAGGCAGGAAAGGAGGGCCAGGUUUAAAGGAAGAGUGUGAAUAAUCCCAAAGCUUCUUGGUUUUAUUUUGACAUACAUGAUUUUUUGGCCUGGACUUUCCACAUUUGUUUUCCUGUUUGUUUGCGUGGUUUUUUCCCCUACCCUGCUUUUGCUCAAAAACCGCCAUAUGCUGACCGACGCACUCAGGGCAUGAGCAGUGGCUUUGAAUUUGUACAUAGGUUCAAGUGUAACACCUAACUAAAUCAUUUUUGCUUUUUCUUUAGAGUAUGGUUAUGUCUCAUAUUUCAUUACUACUUUUGGACUAUUCUAAAUAGAUGCUUCAUGUGCUAAACAACUGAAACCAUUAUACCUAUUAGUUUGUGAAGUAAGCCUACAAUAUACUAAAGGUAAUAUCUAAGGUAUUUUUAGUUGAUGGAACAAAACAAACUAAUGAUUCAGGAUUGGUUGAAGUAUGGCUGUGAAAUUUUGUUCACAGUCCAGCGCUCAGUCCACUCAGCCACAAGAGUGUGGCUGUGAAAUUUUGUAACAGGUAUUUUCAUGAGACAAGGCACAGAUACUUGUAUGCUUUGGCAUUUACAUAGACUUUAGAUGUUAAAAUUUUUAUUUUUAAUGUUCUAGGUUUACGCAGCUUCUUAUUUAUUGAUCUAAAUGGCAUUAGUUGAUUUAACCAUUGUUCCCAAAGGAAUUAUCUAGUGUUUGCUUUUCAGCAAUGAUAGGUUGUAUAUUUUUUAAUUGCCUAAGAUCAUAUAUACCGAACACUACAAAAUUCAUAUUUACAAAAAAAAAUAAGCUUUUUAAUAAAAACUGCACAUUACAUUAUUGGUGAAAUACGAUGCAUUCUGAGACUAGCAUAUGUAAUAUAAUAGAAAAAGAAACAUUCUUAAGGUUUGCAUGGAGCUAUAUUCACUACAUUUUGUUUUUCAUAUACUUAGUUUCUAAACAUGCUUAAAACAUUUAUUAUUACUCACAUAUUCAGAAUGUUUUUAGUUUUUUUCUGAGAAAUCAUCCCGUUGCAUUAGCACUUACUGUGGUUUCAGGUUUGGACACGAACUGAAUGGAAGGCUGUAAAACUGAUACAAACAACAAGCAGUUUUCUGACUGUCAGGACACAAAUAUUAAGAAAUAUAGGAAUCCACCUAUGCAUGAAACAUGUAAAAAUAAUGUUGGUUAGUUUUAUUAAAAAUCUAAUUGUGGCUCCCUUCACCCCUUCACCCCAAAUUUUUUUCCAACAGUGUUUGCUCUAGAAGCAAGGUAGUUAGAAAAGAAAAAAAAUAUCAGGUAGAUAUGUAUAGUAAGGACAGGAGGAAAUUUCUCUUGCCCCCUUUCUGAAAGUAAUAUUCUUUAUUAUUAAUACACAUUUUAUUUAUUCUGUUUGUUCUAAAUAAACUAUUAUAAUUUUUGGAUUUGAAAAAAAUUCCACUGAACUUCAAAGUUACAAUGAACGUAUUUGCAAUUUAAAAUGCUUUUGAGAUUAUAAAGUAGAUUUGCAGGACCCCAAAACUUUUAAAAUAAUUAAAAGUUUAAAAAGGCGCAUAUUGUGUUGUUUGGGCUUGCUCUCAGUUAGUGCAGACUUUGAUUGCAAAUGGAUGUCAUGUUUCAUACCUUUUUUGUCAGGAAAAAAGCAGCAAGCCUUCAGGUGUUCCAGGGAUGCCUGACGCAAUGAGCAGGACAUUUGUGCUGCUCUUUACAGUAAGAGGUGUUGCGUUGUAUGUGGGAACUGUAUGUGCACUGGCAUCUGAGACAUUGACCUCAGCAGUUUUAACUUUGCACAAACCAUAGAGAACAAUGUUGGGUGACUGCAUAAUCAGUUGCUACAUUCUGGCAGCUAAAUUGCUACAUGAGUUUCUUCUUGCAGAAGCUUAAAAUAUAAAAUUUUAAUAAUUUACUCAAAGCAGUAUAACUUCUGACACACACAAAUGCUUACAUCUUUAUUCAUAUGUUUUAUCCACUUUUAUGAUGUCAGUUAGCUAUUUUUCAAAGUGAUGUUCAGCAGCUGACUGCUUAGAAAUCCUCCUUUGAGUUCCCAAGUACAGUUGUUUGAUUAAAUGUUCUACUGGAAAUUUGGUUGCAUGUUGUGUUUUUCAGAAUGUCCAUUUGAUAUUGUCCUUUUGGUUUAUUUUGAUUCCUGAUUUUGUUACACAUAACCUUCCCUUUCUCCCUGCCCUUACCUACGUUCAUUUCCCUGCACCUUUCCUCAUCCUCCAGCACAUCCAAUCAGUGGUGCUGUGCUGUGUGUCAGAAGGUAAAGCAGGUGUAUUAUUGUAUACUGAAUUUUUUAUACAUGUUUAAUGAAAUGGUGAAAUCAAGGAAGUAUGUUCCUAACAGUGUUUAUUAAUAUCAGGAGCUAUGUCCUAGGGAAAAAAGGGAGUGAAUGGAUACUAUCGUUUAGAAAGCUGAAUUUUCUGUUCAUUGUCAGUUACAUGGACUAUUUAUUACAUCUGUGUGCUGGUGAGCAUCUCCUGAUCCUACUUCCUUUUCUCCUUGUGAACAGUUUAUCGGUGCCAUGCUGAAGGGAAAAACUCCUCUGUGGGGGAGGGGGUAUAAGGGACUAAACGGUAAUAGACAAAAAAUACAAUAAAGGUUAAAUUUUAAAAAAGACAUCUAAAUAAUAACACGAAGUCUUAAAAUAUAAAAUAUUUUUACUUCUCUAUAAUCUAAAGACUACAUUGUGCAUCUUUUGUAACACUGUCUCUCGUCAUGAUAAACACUGAAAUAGCAUGUAAACAAAUGCCUAUACUUUAAUAUAAUCACUUGGGGAGAACUGGAUGUUUCUUCCCACAGUAUGAUUCUUCCUUUAAAGGUGAAUUGCUACUUUUAUAUUGUAUAAUUCUCUUCACAAAAUAGGUUUCACUAUGCUAUAUUAAAACUGUUGGUCAGAAAAUGAUCUUCUGGUCAAAUAAAUUUGCUUUACUUUUUUCUUUUAAAAAAAUGUUUUAACAUGCCUUAUUUAUUAUUCUUAUAUUAACCAAUGAGAUAAUGCAGAUGAAAUUUUCAUCUUUUGACAAAUAUAACCUUGCAUAACUAAUCUUUAGUAUGGGAUGAUUUUGAUACUGUCUUUGGAGUUUUGCACUGGAUAUUAAAAAAUACUGGCACGUUGUGUUGGAAGAAAAAUACUGGCUUAAUUUUUCAUAUUGGGACUUUUUAAAAUCAUUGUUUCAAUUAAGAAAUUCUUUAUAUUUUUAUUUACUUUUAAAAAAAUCUGUUAGAGUAAUAAAAGCAAUAUUCAUUCCAAACUGAUGUUGGUACAAAUUUUACAUGUAUAUUUUCAUGAAAUAAGAAUAGAGAUUAAGGAGGAAAAAAAUAUCUGAAUCCACUUACUACAUCCAGUGUAAGAAAAACCAGUGUAUGAGCUAAAGAAAAAAAAAAAACAACACCACCUCUUUUAUAUUCUAAGAAGCUUUAAAAGAUAAUUCAGGGGAUGUUGACGAUAACUGCUACUUUGUCAGUCAUUGUCUCUAUAUGCAGUAAAAUUUUAUGAUCCCUUUAUAGUAAAAUAAAAGAAUUCACAGCAGUUGUUGAAAACAUUUUUCCUUGGACAUAAAAUAUUUUAAUGCUAUUAGGUUUCUGUUUUUAUUAUAGCUUAACUAUAUCCUAUUAAACUCUAGGGUGUAUCUAAAUCUUUAUUUUCCCCCCUUCACCUCCAAGUAGAUAAAUCUGUGCUCUCACAUACAAUGUAUUUAAUUUUUGGAAAAUUUAAUGCUGUAGUAAAUCGUGUGAUUUAUAGUAAUCAGACCACUUUGACUCUUUAAGUUUCACCGUUUCCUUUUUCCACAGAUAACUAUGGAGAAAAUAAUUACCAAUUAACUGAUAUAAGCACGCUGUCCUCUGCUGUAAAAAGUCUGAAUAGAUACUGUGUAUGUUUUUAUGUCCAUGAACUUGAGCUACUCGUGUGCAAUUAUGUGUAUGGGAAUGGAGUAGUGUUCAUGAUUUGUAUCUACAUCAUCAUAUGGAUGUAUAUUUAUUAAUAAAGUCAUUACUUUAAAACCAA